AUGUCGCAUAGACCUGUUCCUAGGCUCUUCCUUAUCCGUCACGGACAGACGGAAUGGUCACAGAAUGGGCGACACACCGGCAGGUCCGACAUCCCAUUGACACGCAAGGGCGAGGAAAUCAUCCUGUCUCACAACAAGCAGAUUAUCGGUGACGAUAAGCUUAUCAAGCCCACCAACCUCACACAUGUGCUCGUUUCCCCUCGUCAGCGGGCUCAGAAGACUUUCCACCUUCUCUUCUCGUCCCUGCCUGCCGACUGUAUGCCCGCGUACACUACCACGGAGGACGUUCGCGAAUGGGACUAUGGAGAAUAUGAAGGGUUGACUACCCCUCAGAUUACGGAGACGCGUCCGGGAUGGGACAUCUGGAAUGAUGGCUGCCCAGGUGGGGAGAGCCCCGAGGAUAUAACGCGACGGAUCGAUAGGGUUAUCGCACAAAUCCAUGAGUGGCAUCGGGAGUGGUACGAGGAGGGGAAGGGCAGAAGGGACUGCAUGAUCGUGGCACACGCACAUAUCCUGCGGAGCCUAGUAAGCAGAUGGGUCGAGUUCCCUAUCAAGCUCGGCACGCACUUCAAUAUCGAGCCUGCUGGGGUGACUAUCCUGACGUACAAUCAUUCCUCUCUCGCGGAGCCGGCCCUUAUAGCACUCAAUCUUUUUGCAAACCAUGACGUUUGAGGAGAUGAGGCAGAACAUUCAUUUGUAGAUGUAUGUAUGCUAGAGCUGCCGAAAUAAAUGA